AUGCGCAAACCGCCAGUCGACUGGGAAAUUUUGCCUCCAGAGAUUUGGACAUUGAUUUUUAGGCAUGCAACGCUCGUUCCCGAUCUUACCUCGACAGAUUUAUGCAACUACGGUAUGGGCGACCCCAUAAAUUGUCAACAAAGAAAACUGCACAAACGGUCUUUGAGGACGAAGCAAAUUUUGGUCCGGCGUUCUCAUCGUUCAUCGAUUGAUUCCGAUACUGGAGAGCUGCCUCUGGGUUGGUGGACAAAACGGUUAGACGUUGCGAUGCGAGACUCUACCAACGAUGCCAAGAGUGACAUGGUUCUCGUUGGGAGAAUUGUUGCGAUGCUGCCAAACCUUUCCAUCCUUACAUUCAAUGUCCGUGGCCAUGGUUAUUUUCCAGCCUAUGGAGGCCUGCAGACUCUUCCAAGCAGUAUACUGCAAUCAACCUCUCCUGAGAACCUUAACGUGGUAUACUGGCACAGUCCACAUAUUCUGCCUACGGCAGAGGAUUGGGUCAAGCUCCUGAGUAGUCGUCCUCACCUUCGCUCGAUGAGCGACUUUGGGUGGGGAGAAUAUCGACCCGUGGUCAACGCCGUUCCCAACCUUCCCUCACUCACGUCUUUACAUCUAUCUUUUUCGUGGAGCAUCGAAUACUUCAGUCGCUUAGAGCUCCCCCACCUCCAGCACUUGACAUAUCGUGCGAACUCCGACUUCACGACAAAUUUCGCUCCGUUUCUCCAAAAUCAUGGCGCAAAAUUGAUGUCUUUCACAACGGAUUAUCACACAUCUGAGUGGAAUAUGCUCCCCCUAGUUUCGGAAACCUGUCCAAAUCUCAUAAGCUUGGAGCUAUCCAUGGAUGACUGGAUCUUCUUACCUGGCAACAUCUGCGCACUUCCCCCUAUCAGAUUAAUGAAACUCACUUGCCGGCGGCUUGAGCACGGAAGGCAUCUGUAUCGUCGUCUUUUUCCCUUCAUCAUUGAUGCAAUGACCGUGUGUCCUACACUGAAAACUGUUCGGUCAACUGAAAACCCUUUUGGAGGCGGGGGUAACAUUCGAAAAUGCGGAAGGACGGCUGAUCGCCCUAAGCUGAGGUGUUUGUUCUGGCCACAGCUUUCGUGUAUCGUUCCAUCCUUUAAAACUGCUUUGCGACCGCCGAUGGACAAACGUUACCUAUGUACUAUGAAUUAUUUCCGGAAAUGCGGAGAUUAUCCUCACCACUGGGCGCACAAAAACCUCAACAGCAAAAGGGCAAUUGACUUCCUCAUCUUCGAUUUCAUCGUCAAGGCCAAGGCCAUCUGCACUACACUAAAUACAGUUGGGUUAUCCAGUGAACGAAACGUUGUUGGUUUGAAAGCACAAACUCGUCUACGUAGAGAACAAUUGAAGGUCGUAACCGGUGGCGAGCUCGUUUAUCGUGAUUCAUUUCCCCCCCCCCUCUUCCGAAAUAUUUCCGAUCAACAACGAGCGUGCCCGCCUAACAACUACGUUGGGGCAUGCCACGCUCGUUCCCAAUCUUAUCUCGACGGAGUUAUACAACUACGGCACGGGCGACCCCACAAUGUUCCAACAAAGAAAACUGCACAAGCGGUCUUUAUGGACGAAGCAAAGUUUGGUUCGGGUAUGCAAGACUUGGUAUACAAGCGCUAUCCGUUUUUUAUAUGAAGCGGUUUUGCUGGGCCGGGGGAAGUCCCUGGCUUCACUGCACGAGGGUCUUCUGCGUUCUCAUCGUCCAUCGAUUGAUUUCGAAACUGGAGAGCUGCCUCUAGGUUGGUGGACAAAACGAUUAGAUGUUGGGAUGCGAGACUCUACCGACGAUGCCAAGAGUGACAUGGCUCUCGUUGGGAGUAUUGUCGCAAUGCUGCCAAACCUUUCCAUCCUUACAUUCGAUGUCCAUGGCCAUGGUUAUUCCCCAGACAAUGGAGGCCUGACUCUUCCAAGCAGUAUACUGCGAUCAACCUCUCCUGAGAACCUCAACGUGGUAUACUGGCACAGUCCAAAUGUUCUGCCUACGGCAGAGGAUUGGCUCGAGCUUCUGAGUAGCCGCCCUCACCUUCGCUCGAUCAGCGACUUUGCAUGGGGAGAAUACCGUCCCAUGGCCACCGCCGUUCCCAACUUUCCCUCACUCACAUCUUUACAUCUGUCUCGUUCGUGGAGCGUCGAAUACUUCAGUCACUUGGAGCUCCUCCACCUCAAGCACUUGACAUAUCGCGCGCACUACGCUGACUUUGCGCAAAAUUUAGCUCCGUUUUUCCAAAACCAUGGCGCAAACCUGAUGUCUCUAACAACGGAUUGUCACGCAUCUGGGUGGAACAUCCUCCCCCUGAUUUCGGAAACCUGUCCAAAUCUCAUAAGCUUAGAGCUUGUCAUUGAGGACUGGAGCUCUUUACCUGACAAUAGGUCCGCGCUUCCCCCUAUCAGAACAAUGAAAUACGCCUGUGGGCGGCCUCAGCAUGGAAGGCGUCUGUAUCGUCGCCUUUUUGCCUUCAUCGUUGACGCCAUGACCCUGUGUCCUACAUUGAAAACUUUCCGGUUUUCCAAUGAUCGCAGCAUUUCUAAUCUGAGCGUACACCUUCAUGUACUUCAAAGUCAAGUGAAAGUCCUUUUGGAGGCGGGGGUAAUAUUAGAAAAUGCCGAAGGAUUGUUAAUUGACCUAGGCUGAGGUAUUUGUAUGGAGCAAGGUGCCUUGUUUUCGAGCACAGUUUUGGUGUAGCAUUCCAUCCAAUAAGGUGCGUUACGGCCACCCACGGACAUACGUUAUUUGUGUACUACGAUUUUUUUUUCGAAUAUGUGGAGAUUAUUUUCAACUAGUGCACCAACUCUUCCGCGUAGACAUCUCACUUUCCCUCAGCGAACGUGUCGCCUCCUGGCGUCUUCACAGCAAAAACGCACUUUACUUCCUCAUUUUCGAUCUUAUCAUCAAGGCUAUCUGUUCUACACCAAUGUACAGUUCGGUUUGAAAGCACGAACUCAUCUCCUUGGAGAACAAUUGAACGUCCUUUCAGCUC